GCUCCGGCCCCCCCUAAACAGUAGAAAAUGAAUGAAUGAAUGUGUUAUCUCCCACAGAACCCGUCCAGACACCGACAGCACCAGUGAAUGUGGUGUCCUUGGGGUUUAGCUGCUCUCCUGGACAUACCUUUGUCAUGAGCAGCUGAUUGCAAACAGCUGAUCUGUAGCAAAUGAGGAGGAAGGUUGGCAGGAAAGUGCAGGACCUGGAAAGUCAAGUUUUUACUAAUAUUGGAUGAAGGUUUGGAGAAAGUAGAGUGGUUUCCACCCACCAUGUGAGUGAGGGGCCCUUGGGUGGAGGUUGUUCCAAGUUCAUAGACGGGGAAGCAGCAGCUCACCACUCUGCUGCUUGUCCAGCUUUAACCAGCUAUAGUAGAAUGAACAUGUGGGCAUCGAUGAAAUGACUGGCUGGACCACAGGCCCGGGGCCCCAGGGUUCAGGCGCCCUGGGCCUGUGGCGUUGGAAUUGACAGUUAAUAUUUCUUUCUAGAAAAUCAAUCAAAUGACUAAAAAGAAGCCCAAAAUGACGACAAAUAGACACAAAGCCACUUCAGAGGGAGGGAGAAUGCCCUCUGUUUGUAGUCUUUCAGUGGAGCUCCAGUGUGGGGGGGGUAGGGCUUUGUCCCAGAGUCCGUCUCUGAACAUGGUCCUUCUGAACUGAGCGUGAACCAGACUUGUGGCCCUAACUGCUGUCUGAUCCUGACACACCUGCAGACUUCACCUGAGUGGCCUUAACGCUGCCUUCAGUGCAGCUGGGAACUGGGAUGUUUCUGAAGGAGUUCAGCUCGUCUGGUGCUGUUUUAACACUUCUGCUUUGCAUCACCAGCAGUGAAGACGCAGAUAUGAAGUGGACUCAUUUCCUGGGAACACAGCGGUGAUCUCUGGAGGCUGAGACGAGCUGAAACUCCAGUCAGAUGCCUGAUUUCACUGCACAGGACGGUGACUUUGUUUAUUUUAUUAGAUGUCCUCUGAUCCACACUGACUGGAACAUUAAUCAGUCUGAUAAGUAGGGGCUGCCUCUGAGGUGAUCAGUCUUCAAGAAGUUAAAAAAAGAAAUGUAAAAAACUAUUUUUGUAUUUUUACGUUUUGGUCAUAAAAUCUUCUUUGAUGCUGAAACAUAUUGAAUAUUUUUAGCUUCGACCCAGAAGCAGCCGUCUGUCGCCAAACGUCCCACGGUUCCCAGCUGACCCUGAACGCCUCAGACAGAUCUCUAAUGAAUGUCUGAUAAAGAAUAAAACUUGAAAGUACAAACUGUUUUGUUUUGUUUUUUACUGGCACUGUGGGAUUCUGGGGGUUCAUCAGAGCAUGGUCUUAUUCACAAAACCAAUGACUUCAGAAAUAAUUUAUUAUUGCAUUUCAUAUUUCUUGUUUAAAAGCAGAGAAACGCUUAAUCUCGCCUCUUUCUUCAGUUGAAAUAAACUUUCUCUUGUCUUCAACAUACAUUUUUAGGCGUUUUAUUGUGUAGUUGCAUAGAUACACACUUAUCUAGGAAGAUCAGCAACACAAUUUAAUAAUUUUCGUGAAAUUCUUUAGUUUUAUUUCCUCCACAAAUUCAGAUGUGAGAACAUUAUUUUCUAACCCCAAUCAUUUCUGCUCCCCCCCAAACGAGUGAAUUAAAAAAGGAAGGGUAAAGUUAGACUUUCUUUAUUUUUGAAAACACACUGGAAAUGACUCCGACAUGUGAGUCUGCUUCAGAAUAAGGGCCGUGACGGGAAACACAGUAAAACUCUUCUCAGAUGAUUUAAAGCCUGCAGAGAGACACAGCGGCACGUUUUCAUUGAUGAAAAGCUGCAUUUGCUCAGAAAAUAUUAUCCCCACCCCCCACAGACGCGAAUCCGAAGAAACACCAGUAAAGCAGAUGAACUAGCAGAGCUGUAUUGGUGGCCCCUGGUCCCGGCCCUGCAGCUCCUGUCAUCAAUGGGACUUUGACCUCCAGGAUCAGGACCUGGGCGCUGUUGGGUGCCGAGUCCUGCACCUGGACCCUGAACCUCUUGUGCGCUCAUUAACCCCUUCCAUUUCUAUCACAUGCUCUUAUUUUGAAGGGCCGCACCGGAUGCAGUGCAUCUUAUUGCGGUAGCGUUGACGGCGGUGUGGCAUCCGGGGGAGACUGAGCAUCAGAGACCUGCGGCAGCCGGACCACACAUCUGGACCAGAACAAACCGUGGAUCUGACGAGGGUCUCGCGGGAGAGAGACUGGCAGGUGGAACAGCACGUGGACCAUCAGGGAGACCGCCAGGUGGAUCGGCACGUGCACCGACAGGGAGACCGAUAACAUCCCUCUCAACCCCCAUCUGUUCCACCUGCAGGUCGGCGCGACGUUCCGGGCCGUUCCGGUGUCCAUGGGGGACAGCAUGGCGGAGGAGACCCGGGUCAUCUACCACCUGGAGGACCAGGAGACCCCCUACUUGGUUCGAAUCAACGUGCCCGCGCAGCGCGUCACCCUGGCGGACUUCAAACAGGUCCUGAACAAACCAAACGUAAAAUUCUUCUUCAAGUCCGUGGACGCCGACUUCGGGGUGGUGAAGGAGGAGAUCAGUGAUGAAGAUGCCAGGCUGCCCUGUGUGAAUGGACGUGUCAUCUGCUGGGUGGUGUCCGACGACACCUUUCAUUCAGAUUUUAAGGGGUCAGAUAUCCAGUCAGUGACCACGCCCUCCAGCCUAGCCCCACCUCCAACAGUGAGGACAGGUGGGAUUGGAGACUCCAGACCUCCAUCCUUCCAUGCUGCAGCUGCCGGCAGCCAUGAUGAACUCCAGGGGUCAGAGGUCACACAUGUCGAUUCACCAUCAGAGUGGAGAGAGAGAGACAGGAGCGACCGAGGUGGGUGCCUGAAUGGACAUGCCCAUCAGCCAGAUGGUCAGAAUGGGGAGGAGCCAGCAGGUGGAGGUGACAGCUCGUCAACCCAACAGAGCAGCGAGCUGGAGACGACCAGUUUCUGCUCGUCUGAGGAAGACUCAGGAGGACGGUUCAGCCAAUCAACAGAGCAGAGCAGCUCCUCGCCGCGACUUGUUCUGCGACAGCGCCGCCGGCACCGAAAACCCAAAGCGCUGCAGAUGGAGAGGUCUGUGUCUUUCAGCAGUGUCACUGACUCCACCAUGUCGCUCAACAUCAUCACUGUAACUCUAAAUAUGGAGAGGUAUAACUUCCUGGGGAUCAGUAUCGUAGGUCAGAGUAACGACAGAGGAGAUGGAGGGAUUUACAUUGGCUCAAUUAUGAAGGGUGGAGCAGUGGCAGCAGACGGACGCAUAGAACCUGGAGACAUGUUACUGCAGGUGAACGACAUCAACUUUGAGAAUAUGAGUAAUGACGACGCUGUUCGAGUCCUCAGAGAAAUCGUUCACCAGCCAGGUUCAGUGACGUUAACCGUGGCAAAGUGUUGGGAUCCAAACCCACGAGGCUGCUUCACGCUGCCGAGGAGUGAGCCGGUCCGUCCCAUCGACCCUGCUGCCUGGGUGUCCCACACCGCUGCCAUGACAGGGAGGCUCCUCCCUCAUUAUGGUAGGACUCCCAUCAGCCACCGCAGCAUCCCUCCAUCCUCCGCCUGUCCAGCCAUGAGAACCAACCAUGAUCCAGCUCUGCCCUGGUGUUUUUCAGGUGCCCGUGAGGAGAACCAUCUCAACAUCCACAGCGACAUGACAGCCGUUGUCAAGGCGAUGGCCAAUCCCGAGUCAGGUCUGGAGGUUCGGGACAGGAUGUGGCUGAAGAUCACCAUCCCCAACGCCUUCAUCGGUUCAGACGUGGUGGACUGGCUUCACUGUAACGUGGAGGGUUUCACCGACCGCCGUGAAGCUCGGAAGUACGCAGGAAACCUUCUGAAGGCCGGAUACAUCCGACACACCGUCAACAAGGUCACCUUCUCUGAGCAGUGCUACUACGUGUUUGGAGACCUCUGUGGAGAUCUGGGUCUGAUGUCUCUGCUGGAUCAAGAAGGAGCCUCCAGUCAUGGAGGAGGAUCAAACUAUGACCCGUUGGCUUCAGGCCCCCAGUGGCCCCCAGCCUUCCCCUACCAGUACCCCGUCCCCCACCCCUACAGCUCUCCACAGCCCUUGCACCAGCUGCCGGCCUUGGGGGGAGGAGGUCAGCACAGUGAAGGAAGUCACAGCAGCGGCUCAAACUGCAGUGGCGCUCAGAAGGAGGGAGGACAAGGAGGAGGUACCCAAUCAGAGCUGACCAAACAGCUGGCGACAGAGUCCUCCGGUGACAACAGCACAUGUCGACCCCUGACCUCCAUCUCUGGUCUUCAUGGUAACAAAGACUCAGAGGACCCCCCAUGCCCGUCUCCAGGUCAGCAUCAGGACCUGUCCUCCAUCCCACCUGAAAUCUCUGCCUCCAGACAGUCCUUCCGCCCGGCCUUGGGAAACCCCGGUGAUUUCUUUGUGGAUGUCAUGUGACUCCAAGGUCAUGAUGUUGUGUCAGGUGGACCUGGAAACACCUUUGUACAGGAUGUGCUGACACAGACUGAUGGGUCACAUUUAGCUGGAGUUUUUCCUCAGAGGACAGAGACCUCUCUCACUGUGAGUGUGUCUGUGAAGCUGAUGGUUAAAGAGAUCACUGUCUUUAUUUGUCACUGUGCUUUCAGUUUGUCUGUGCUGCUGUCCUCACUAUUAAACAGUCUGAGUUUUUCUGUUCAGCUUC